GGAGGAUGGUGUAGGGAGCAGUGUGGGGAAGGAGUUCUGGGCUGUCUAGUGCACUUAGGCAGGGAGUGAGGGAGAGGUUUGGGACGGGACCGGGAUAUUCUGGUCCUCAGCUCACUUCCGGCUUGUUGUGAGUGAGUUGUCAUGGCUGAUUUCUCGUUAGCUGAUGCGAUAGGGGAUGAUGCCCCCAGUCAAGCAUCAAAAACAGCACAUGGGAAGCCGUCGGCCCCCACAGCACCCACUGCCCCUGGCUGGCCCGGAACGACCCCCGCUGCCCCUGCUGGCCCAGCUGCCCCUGGCUGGCCCGGAACGACCCCCGCUGCCCCUGCUGGCCCAGCUGCCCCUGGCUGGCCCGGAACGACCCCUGCUGCCCCUGCUGGCCCAGCUGCCCCUGGCUGGCCCGGAACGACCCCCGCUGCCCCUGCUGGCCCAGCUGUCCCUGCAUGGCCCGGUGCUGCCCCUGCUGUUCCUGGUGCCCCUGCUGUGCCUUCUUGGCCUGGGGCGCCCCCAGCUGGCCCUGCUGCUGCUGCGUGGCCCGGUGCUGCCCCGGGCGGUCCAAACCUACCCCCCUCUGGAGGUCCUGCCCCCGGAGCUCCAGGCCAGUUUCCCAGCAUGCCAUCUGCCCCAGGCGGAUACCCCACUGGCCCCGGGAUGCCAGGACAGUUUCCCCCUGCACCGGGGCAGUUUCCUGGAAUGUACCCCUCUCCUCCUGGGGCUCCUCAGGCUCCCUACCCCAACAUGCCCUACCAAGGGAACAUGUACGGCCCCGGAGGCCCCGCCCCUUUUCCUCCCGCCACAGGGUUUUCUGGAGGAGCGUUCCCACCCGUACCCCCAGGCUCAUGGGGCCCGCCCACAGGACCCUACGGAGGCCCCUCUGCUCCUGGAGGAAUGCUGCCGGUACCGUAUGAUCUGCCGCUUCAUGCUGGAAUUAUGCCACGCCUUCUGAUCACAAUAGUGGGAGAACCUAUACCUGGAGGAGAGAGGUUUCAAGUGGACUUCAUGAAGGGUGCAGAUAUAGUGUUCCACUUUAACCCUCGGUUCUUCGAGCAGACCAUCGUCAGGAACUCCAACCUGUCCGGGUACUGGGGUCCGGAGGAGAGAGAGGGAGGAUUUCCCUUCGUCCAGGGACAACGGUUUGAGCUGAAGAUCCUGGUGGAGGAGGAUGUGUAUAAAGUGGCUGUAGAUGGAGCUCAUAUUCUGGAGUACGAGCAUCGAGCAGGAGGAAUGGAGCAGGUCACACUGCUGAGGGUUUGCGGAGACCUGACCUUAUACAGCAUCGCCCCGUCCAUCAUAUAACACACACUCUCUCACACACACACACACACACACACACUCAUACACACUCUCUCUCACACACACACACUCUCACACACACUCAAAUACACUAUCACACACUGCUGAGGGUUUGCGGAGACCUGACCUUAUACAGCAUCGCCCCGUCCAUCAUAUAACACACACUCUCUCUCACACACACACACACACACACACUCUCACACACUCAUACACACUCUCUCUCACACACACACACACACACACACUCUCACACACCCUCAAAUACACUAUCACACACUGCUGAGGGUUUGCGGAGACCUGACCUUAUACAGCAUCGCCCCAUCCAUCAUCUAACACACACUCUCUCACACACACACACACACACACACACACACACACUCUCUCACACACACUCAUACACACUCUCUCUCACACACACACACACACACUCUCACACACACUCAAAUACACUAUCACACACUGCUGAGGGUUUACGGAAACCUGACCUUAUACAGCAUCGCCCCAUCCAUCAUCUAACACACACUCAUACACACUCUCUCAGACACACACACACACACACACACACACACACACUCUCUAACACACCCUCUCACACACCCUCUCUCUCACACACACACACACACACACACACACACUCUCACACAUACACA